GAUAGGACAGCCAGGAUUGGAAACCGGGAUAGAGCAACCGGGAUUGGACGGUGUCUCCUCUACCGGGGCCUGUGUGAGCGGUUUGAACGCGGAGCUCCUUCCCUAUUGGUCAGCCGCCUGUCUGGGGCGUUUCGCUGGGACUGCCCGGUUGUGUCCGGGUAAGAUGGCGUUAGAAGAGCAGUGCUCGGCACCACCUCGAUGGCGGUCUAUAUCUUUGACACACGUAGAGUUCCCGGAGGAUGAUCUGACGGGACAAGUGCUUGCCUACAUCAGUCUCCUACCCAUUGCGGUCCUUGUGGGCUUUGUUACACUCAUAGUGUUUAAACGGGAGCUGCACACGAUUUCAUUCUUCGGUGGGCUCGUCCUGAAUGAAGGGGUAAACUGGCUGCUGAAGCACAUUCUCAGAGAGCCGCGCCCAUGUGCAGGGGCUCAUUCAACCCUGACCACAGAGUAUGGGAUGCCCUCCAGUCAUUCCCAGCUCAUCUGGUUCUUUGUUGUUUACUUCUUUCUUUUCCUUUAUUUAAGAAUGCAUCAAACGAACAAUGCUCGAUGUGUGGACCUGCUGUGGAGACACAUACUGUCCAUCAUCCUGUUGGGCAUUGCCUUAUCAGUCUCAUACAGCAGGGUCUACCUGUUGUAUCACACCUGGAGCCAGGUUUUCUACGGCGGAGUGGCCGGUAGUACAAUUGGCAUAAUCUGGUUCUUUUUCACACAAGAGGUGCUGACACCAUUAUUCCCCAAAAUAGCAGCAUGGCCAAUAUCAGAGUACUUCCUGGUGCGAGACACAAGCCUGAUUCCCAACAUCUUAUGGUUUGAGUACACAGUGACCAGAUCAGAGGCAAGGAACAGACAACGAAAGCUUGGAACAAAACUUCAGUGAUCCACACAGUUCUUUUAUGAAACUGAGUUUAGGACCACACACACACACACACACACACACACACACACACAGACACACACAUACAAACAAAGCAAACACUCACUCAAUUAAAAAAAACACACUGGAGAACCAUCUUUUUGGACUGACGUGGUUGCAAGGAGCAAAGGGCAACAAAAAAAACAAAAAAACAACAAAAAAAACGUUUACAGGUGGCGAAAGAGUGCCUGGACCUGGCCCGGAGCCUACAGCCUGAGCAAGUCCGUCCACACGCCUCUCCUUCUUGUACAGCUUGCCCAAAUGCUCUUCAAUGCAUGCAAGACUGUGCAAGAGGCAUACUAUUUAAUGAUAGAUUAAUAUAUAUAUUUUAACUAUAAACGCACGCUGACAGUAACAGUGUACUGUAAGAGAUUCAAAGGAGCCAAAAAAAAAAAAGGAGGCUUUGGUCAAGUUUCAAACAAGUCGAUGGGCGUCAUUGCAGCAUGUAUUUAGUGAUCUUUUUUUCCCCUCUUCUCCCCUUUUUUCUUUCUUUUUUUUUUUUUUUUUUAAUAUUCUGACAGAUAGCUGGCGGGAACGGUUGGGGAGGGGGGUUGGUUAAGGCUAGGAUGGGGUGGUUUAUGGAAUUAACCAUUUUUCAUUUCAAAAAAAUUGGUUAUGAUGUAAUAUAAAUAAAAAUUUGCACUUUGUGAAAUUAAAAAAAAAAGAAAAACAAGAAAAAAACGACUAACACUAGUUAAAUGUUAAGACCCUGCCCCCUUUUUACCCUCAUCAGUCUUUGCUUUGUGUCUAUGACUGUCAGUCCUAAUAUAUUAGACUCCAAAGCUGAUCUGCAAGCAGUGUAAAUUUAAUGUACUCUUGAGCAUCGAGGUCGAGGUUUCUGUUCAUAUCCACGUUUGAGGAACAUGAGACUGAAUCACAGCAGCAGGUUUCAGUUUUUUUUUUUUUGUUCUUGAGAUGGUGUUUUGUUUUUUUGUUUUUUCUUAAUGCCUGGCACACAGUAGCAGCCUGGGAACAGAAUUUUCUUUGAGUUUUUUUUUUACUAUUCAGUAUCUUGUUUUCUACCGUUGCAGAGAGUUUUCUUUUUACCUGCAUUUCCAAGAUGACAUUCCAUAACUUUUUAGUAAGAAAACAUACAUAAUGACUGCUGAGGGUGGACGUGCUUUCUUUCUUCUCUUUUUUUUCCUUUUUUUUUUUUUUUUUUUUUACAGAAAGGAAAUUUAAAAAAUAAAGCCUCAGGUCAGUCGUAGCAUGUGAUUAUGCUUAAUUCCUCACAGCCCACGGCAGCUAAUGUUGACAGCUGUCAUGUGGGGAUCUGAAGCUGAUUUAAAACUGUCAUAUCAUUAGCUCCACAAAGGGAAGUAGUUCUCUUAGAAUAUGUUUUUUUUUCCAUGUGUAACCUAUAUCAGGCUGAAUAAAAAUGUGUUUAUGUACAAAA